AGAGAAAGUGAGAAAAGAAAGAAAAGGAUAGAAAUGAAAGAGGGACAUAGAGAGAGAAAGAAGGAGAGAAGGAGAGUGAGAGACAAAGAGAGAAAAGAGAGAGAGAGAGAGAAAAUGGAAUUUCUCUAUUUCACAUGUCCUCACUUUCUUCAUUACAGAUUAAUAAACCUAUUGAUUGGUUUGAACGAACUCCUUUAAUCUGUGCCUGUGAAGUGGGCGCCGAUAGAAGAAUCAUCGACAUUUUGAUAGACGCAGGAAGCCAGUUCGGAGCGAAAGACGUCGGGGGUCUUACAGCUUUGCAUUUGGCUGUGUUGAGGCGUCGACUGCAAGCUGUGAAGCUAUUACUCUCUCGGGGCAGCAAUGUCAACGAGAAGGACAUUUACGGCAGUACUCCUCUCCAUUUGGCUGUAAACUCAUCUCCGGAAUGGACAGAUGGUGUGAAAGCUAUAAUGAACCAGAGCGCUGUUGAGGUGAAUCCUCGAAAUAAAGAUGGUCAAACACCGCUGCAAUUGGCCUGUUAUAAUGGAUACUUGCACACUGUCGAGCUGUUGUUGGGUCACAAUGGCAUCGAUGCCAAUGUCGUGAACAACAAUGGAGACACACCACUGCAUAUGGCAGUUCGGGGGCGACAGUAUAAAGUGGUGUGUGCGAUGCUGAAGCAGGAUUCUGUUCAGCUUGAUAUCAAGAACCAUCAGAAAGUGACACCAUUGCUGUUAGCUGUCUCUAUUGGCCACCUCGAAAUGGUGCACCAGUUGAUAGCAAAAGGUGCAGACGUAAAUGUUGUCAAUAAUGAAGGCAACAAUUGUCUGCACCUGGCUGUGAAGAGUAGGAGGAGGUUUCAUUCCGAGGUUGAACCUUUAAGUAUAUUAGAUAAGGUAAGUUUGGAAAUUGUUUAUGAAUAUCUGUGUGUGUCUGUGUGUGUGUGUGGUGUGUGUGGUUUUGAAAGAAGGAGAGUGAGAGAGCGAGAGAGACAGACAGACAAACAUUGACUGUCAUGUCUCAAUUCACACUCAUCAACCUUUCUUUUAAGUAACCCAGUCCCCCACCUGAGAGCCUUAGUUAUAUUUUGUAACUAGGAAAAUUCCAUCACCUGCUACCCUCAAAGCCAUGGCCUCUCCACCAUAAAGAAGGUAGCCUAUCUUGGACAUUGGUCAUAUAAACACAGCCAUUACUGUGUAGAGGAGAGGUGACCUCCUGAAGAGAGGAAAUAUUCCUUAAUAAUAAUGAUACAGGUGAUAUGAUAAAGGAUAACCUUUAUGGUGCUGGUGUCAUGAUAAAUACAUCCAUUCCAUUGUAUGAAGAAUUCUUCAAAAGAACAGAUAUCAUAUAUGCUCUGGCGUUCUGUGGAAAUGCCAUAACAAUGUUGAAUCUCAGAACGCUAGAGAAUGGAUACAAUGAAUUAGGGUCCUUAGGGAGUUUUCCCUGCAUUUAAGCAUUGUAUGUACAACUAUACACACACACACACACACACAUAUGUAUAUAUAUAUGUAUAUGUAGAUGGCAACGGCUAAAUGUAUGUAUGUGUGCGUGUGUGUAAAACU